AAAACGAACGCAGACUCCUAAACGCAGUAAUACAAGUGCCAAAUGUUCAUCAGAGUGAUUGAACAAUAGGUCUUUUCUUGGUCCUUGAUCCAAAAGAAAGCUUGACUUCAGAAGCGUAACAAUAGCGGACUGUUGCACUUCAUUGAUUGAUUGUGAAUCAUGGAGUCGCACCAUGCGUGUUCUCGUAGCCUUCUUGCCGAAGUCCUAGGCUAGGGCCAACGGGAGGGAUUCAGAAUGGCAUCUGGAUCGAUCAGCGCCCUCAACGAACGAUUGAGAAGCUCGGCCGGAAAAGGGAACUGGGAAGAAAUCGAACAACUCCUCCGGCAUGGGGCUACCUUUGAAGCGGACAAGUAUGGGAGGACAGCUCUCCACUAUGCAGCCCACUAUGGCCAAGUCAAGGCUAUCAGAGUCUGCAUUGCAAAGGGAUGCGAGCUUGAUAAAGUCGAUACAUAUGGCUGUACAGCAUUGCACAAAGCGAUAGCACCAGAUGGACAUGUCGAAGCUGUGAGGGCGCUAAUCAGCGAGGGUUGCGACGUGGACGGGCAAGAUGCAAAUGGCAAUACCUGUGUGCAUGAGGGUGCUAUGAAUGGCUUCAGUCAAUCGUUGGAUGUGCUUGUCAAGAUUGGAAAGGCUAAUAUUCACACCAGCAAUAAGAAUGGUCAGAAAGCUAUCCACUUAUCCUGUCAGCAUGGUCACAAUCAAAGCACAAGAAUACUCUUGAAAGCAGGCUCAAAUCCCAACAUCAAAAAUAGUUGCGGAGAAACACCUCUUCAUAUCGCCUGCCUGUACGGUCAUAUAACAUGUGCGAGGAUUCUGAUAAGUGCUGAGUGUGACAUCAACAUGAAAAACAAGGAGGGGAACACACCACUCCACAUUGCAGCUGGGCUUGGGAAGGUGAAAAUUGCUAAACUUCUAUUGGAAUCACAGUGUGAAGUCAAGUUACGCAACAAGAACAAUCAGACUCCAUUGGAUCUUGCGAGGCAGAAUGACCAUCGUGAUGUGGCUUUCCUCAUUGGUGCAAAUAGAAUGAAUAAAGGAAAGCUCUCAUUUUUCUCUCGGAACAAGAAGAAGGAUAACAACAAGCUGGAUGGAUUUGGAAAUUCAUCCCAUCAUCACCAUAGCGAUAGCUCACCUAAUGAUAAACAUAAACGCAAACACAGUGAUGAUAGGAGGGGUGAUGAUGAUAUGGACGGUGGUCAGGGUGGUGCUAGGAUACGAGGGAGGAGAGAGAUGGAACCUAUAGACAGACACUCAUCGGGGAGCAGUAAGGGGAAAUCCAAGAAGAAGAGAGACAAGAACCAAGGUCAGAACCUCUUUGUGCGGGAGGAGAUGAAAAAGCAUUUGAAAUCAGAGAAGAAACUCCAAGAACAAAUCCAACUCGGUCGGGAAAUGGGGAAUCUGCCACACGGAGAGCAGGGGAAUCCCCAUUUUAGGACCCAACUCUUCAAGGACAAAACUGGAAAGAUAUUGCAUGUUCCAAUGCCGGUUCACUGCAACUGUACGCCAUACAUCAAGAAACUUGAGAAUCAGGUGGAAGCAAGUAAAGAGAGACUCUUGCACGAAAUAGACAUGUCUAAAGCUCGCUUUGAGAGCAGAAUGAACAAUAUUGAGAAGCGAAUGACACACCAGGCUCAGUGCAUGGACCAACUGUGCAAGGAACGCAUCGCCGCCGAAAGAGCGGACUGUAUACAUAGGAUUGAUCAAAGGGCCGUUGAGGAGAGGAAGGCGUGGUCCGAGGAGCACGAUGCUCGCACGGAUGCCCUGAGGAAAGAACUCAGGCACUGGUUCGAGUCAAGGAUUCAGCCACUCCAUGAACAGUUGAGCAGGACCAUGGAUGAUGCUGCCUUAGAGAGUGUAUCUUCCGCUGCUAGGAGAAGUCGUCCGAGGGCAGGAUUCUACAGGUUGAACGGUCGCGAGGUACUAUCCCAUCGGAAGAGAUCGAAAUCGGUCGGGAAUGUCAGUGAUUGUGAUUUGGAAGAGGAAGAUGAUGAAAGUGAUGAAGAAAGCGAAGAUGAAAGUGAUGAUGAAGAGGAGGAGGAGCAUGUUGCAAUGAAAAGCCAUGCUGAGGAACGCUAUGUAUCAUCGAGGCAACCUAGCGAACAGUCCCCUCACCGUUACAAGAAGGCUGAGACAGCGAAAGGUAAGGACUGUGCCAAGUCUGGUGCCAUUCCAAAGUCAUCCAGGAGUGGCAGUUUCAGGCAAGCAGUUAGCGAUGAAGACCAUGCCAGUGGAAGCAGUAGCAAUAGUGGUACUCCUCUCAGUAUGGUCGAUGGAACCUACCGACCUCCUCUCAUCGCUGCCCAUGAACGUUCCCCUAACACAGACUCUCAACACUCACUUCCCUCUGAUUUUGUCUUUCCAUCUCAAGAAACGGACGAUACUGAAUCAUCAGAAUCGUCAGAAUCUGAUACCACAUCUCAACAAUCCCUCGAGACGGUGUCAUACAAACCAAAAUCAAUUAGUGGUUCUACGGAUGUUUCAUCAUCCACCAGAGACUCUGGUCUCCAUACCUUGAAGGGGUCCAGUGUGUCUUCAGAUCGAAGGUCACAUGGACCCAGAAGGGCAGACUUGAUCGCAUACCAAGCCCUCACUGUCAAUGCUAGACCUCCGCCUCCAUUACACGCUCAAGUCCGACCCCAUCUCCCAGUAAGUACUCAACCACCACCAACAGAGUUACGCACGCAAGCAAACUACACGCCUCCUUUCAGCCCGCCUGUCUCACCAACUUCUACUGCAUCUCAGCCACUUUCAACAUCGACCCUCGCAUCGUCAUCAUCAGAUGGUCAUAGAGUUGGAACUCCAAGUACAGAACAACCUUCAAGUGAUAACCCAUCACCAACCGACUCCGGGAAGGCUCAGAGCACUUCCUCUGGAAUUUCGUCGGGAGAGGCGUCAUCACACCAACACCCCUCCCCAAUCAAGUACAAUGUCAUUAAUCCAAACAGUGGAAAGUCUUAUCAGGGGACUUACAAUCCUCGAUCCUCAACAUCAAAUCAGCGUCCUGAUCUCUUCAAGAUCAUCAAAUCUGAGCCUAUGAAAACAUCUCAUAAUGAUCCACCACCUUAUAGAAGUACCAACAGUGAUUCCUCUGAUAAUAAGUAUAGGGUUUCCCAACCAUACCUUUCAAACUCAAACAAUGUAACCAAUGGACAGUCUUUGAAUCAGAAUAGGUUGCAUGGUGUUCCUUUAAAAAGUGGACCUUCCCCAUCUGUGAGCAAUCCAAACUCUAUACCUCGUGGUAGGACUAGUUCACCUUUAGAUCAGAAGAGAAUUGGUAGUGGAAGCGAUUCAAGUACCAGUGUUAGGACACACAGUUCGGGUUACUCGGCUGCACCUUCCAAGUCGGCUGCCAGUCGUCUUGGUGUAACCCCGUCUCUGAGUGCUGUCCGUGGGAUGUCAAGUCACACCAAUGCUACCUCUUCAAAGGAUCAGAUGCACCCUCAGUCAAGAAGUCACACCCCCCACCAGUCUCUGCCACCAGGUUAUUCUGUGAUUCAAGGAAGGAGCGGGAGCAACGGUGCCAUGUUUGCCAUCACUAGAAGCAACCAGUCACACGCUGGUACCACAAACUACCCAGAGGUUCCAGCAAACAAAAACAAUAACGCGGCACCUAAUUCAUUUUCCACAUCUCUGAAUCCAAACUCAUAUUCAUAUGCAUCAAACACCGCAAGAGCGUUCACCAACCGUGCAACCUCAGGUAAUAUCCGAAACGAUGCCAGCUCAGUAAACAACAGUACCUUUGGUGCGCCAAACAAUAACUUCUAUUGUACUAAUGGUACCAAAGACAAAACAAGUGGUACCUAUGGUGCUUCUUCUUCACAUUCCACUAGGUCAAGCAGUGAAAACCAUGCGGGUUAUGGUCAAUUCAGUGUAAAACACAGAAACCCCGGCGGUGGUACCGUAAAUGGUGCCGGUGCCACCAAAUCCACCAUUGAUAAUAGAACUAGUGGUACCAUCAGUAACCCUUCCAGUGUACCUUCCAUGAGUACGGAGAGAGGGAGUGGUGUACCUUUCGAUAGUAAUGGUGCAAGCAACGGUGCAAGUCUCUUCAGUACUGUGGAGAAUUUUAAUAGGACUGCUGCCCCGGAGCAGAAAUUGAAAUACACGAGGGAGAUUAUUCUAUGAGUUGAAGCAGAGUUGCCAUUUAUCUAUUUUAUCAUUUUGAUGUGUACUUUUGUUACACUAAACAUACUGGCCCAUAUUCUGAACUCUGGUUUAAAAAUUGCCUUUUAACUAUGGAUAGCCAAUUGUGGUUUAUUUAUGGAUAGCCAUUUGUGGUUUAACUAUGGAUAGCCAAUUGUGGCACAAGUCUCUUGGUACAGGUCAAAUUUAUCAGAUCAUUUUGAACUCCAAACAUUCAUAACUGUGUGAGAUUAAGAAUUGAAUAGAUAAUUCAGACAGAAUUUUCACAAUUUUGGCUUCCCAUAAUGUUGGCAUUCUAGUAGACCAUGGUUUAAGUUAUACUGGACUUCUGAGUAUGGACGUAUGCCAUGACAGUAUUCCUAUUAUGAAACCAUAUCCAUAUCUUGGUUUAAGAGACAUACUACAGUAUAUUCUGCAUUAAAGAUGAAAGCUAACCAACAUACAUGUAGAUAAAUUUCUCAAGUGGAGAUGGAAUUGGGGGGAUGUCAGUUAGUGAAACAUAGUAACAUAAAUGAUUGACUUCGCUUCCAAAAUUCUAAUGCAACAAAAAUUAGGAGAGUUUAUGAAACGUAUAGAAAGAGGAAAGUCACUUUGUGCAUUGCCGUGCAUUCUAAGUUUACGUGGGGGUGUGGACCUUGCCUAAUGAAGGGUUGUGAUUGAUCCAAUUGAUCUCAAGUUUGGGAACAUUAUCAAAGUCCCAUAAAGUGAUACAAUCGAUAUUUGUAAUCAAUUGUACCUUCUUAUCCAUGAUGUGCCAUAGACUAAGGGUUACAAUUGAUUAUAAAAGUGAUUAUUAUUGUAAGUGUACCAGGGCCCUGUUCCUGUCCGGUUUGAGAAUGAAGUUCCCUUUACUGCAUGACAUUGCAUUGGCCAUAGGGUCUCAUGAAAUUCUUCUGAUGUGAAGUAUUUUAGAGGUCAGUCUAUUAAUUUAUAGAUCUUCCUGUAAAUCUCAAUGAUCCUCAGGUCUUCAAAUUGGCAAAAAUGAAUUAUUUAUUUUCAAUUAUUUGAAAUUCUUAUGAGUCAGUACGGUGCUUCCUAGGAAUCUCAAUGAUCCUGUGAUCCUCAAAUUGGCAUCAACUAUUAUAUAUUCGCAAUCAUUUGAAAUUCUUAUGCAUCUUGUGAGUCAAGUACGGUGCUUCCUAGGAAUCUCAAUGAUCCCCUGAUCCUCAAAUUGGCAUCAACUAUUAUUUAUUUUCAAUCAUAUGAAAUUCUUAUGCAUUUUACGACUCAAGUACAGUAUUUCCUAGGAAUCCCAAUGAUCCUCUGAUCCUCAAAUUGGCAACUACUAUAUUUAUUUCCAAUAGUGAACAAUUAGAUGAUAUAAAUGAAUUAUAAUUACAAAAUAUGAAACCUAAGAUCUGCACCUGCAGACUACAUCCACUGCUUCUUAUGUAGAUUGGUCCAAUUUAUGGGAUCAAAACAAACUCUUUCUUGCUUCUUUCAAAUCAUGCUUUCAUAAUUAAUAGGAAUGUAAUCAUAUACCUUGAAUAACACUGUAUUCACUUUUAACUUAUAAAGGAUUUUAAAGAUUUUUAUACCGACGUGUGAUAAGUUUUAAAGUGUUUUAUAUAAAAAAUAAUCUACUUUUAGUACUCCCCAUAGUCUUUCCACUUAUUUGUUUUUUAUAAGACAUUCAACUGCGAUUGUUGAUGAGAAUGAGAUUGGAUUCACUAAAGAUACCAUUACCUUGUUUCAUUAAAUUUUAUAUCAAUGGCAUUCUAAAUUACAUGACUUUGUUUACAAGAUAUUCUCAACCCCUGAGCCUUGGCAAUAAGAUAAUAUUGAAUUCCAAUCAUGAGAAUGAAUAUGAAAAAUGAGAAUAUUUGAACGAUUGUUUGAUCAGAAUUGGACAAACGAAUGUAAGUUAUUGAAAGUUGUAUUUGCUUUGAGUGUCAUGUUCUUCAAACUAAUUCUGACAGUGACUUCUUUACAAGGACCAUUAGAUAUUUUGUGGUUUAUAUUGUCAAACAUAAUUUUCGAUUGAUUUUGAAACAUUAUUUUAAACUAGUUCAGUUUGCAAUUUUGUCCAAUAACCCAGACUCAGUAUAUCUUGGCCCCAUGGCACCAUAUUUUUUUUCUUCAGUAAACCCAGAUUUAACUUGGUAAAAAUGAUUUGCUAAAAUUAUGGAAAGCCCCCCAAACAAAAAAAAUGUGUUCAAUAUGAACAAAAUGUUGCUGCAAGGGGGGGGAGGCACUACAGAAAAAAUACACAAUUUCUGAAUUUCUACUCACCAAGUUGCCAAUUUAAAAUUCACAGUCUUAGUGAUCUUAUAAAAAAAAGCCAUAACCCCCUCAUAUCUGGUACGAUUCUUUUUGCAACAUCCCAUCAUUCUUUUCCCAUUUUUCUCCCUUGAUGUAAGGUGUAUACAGGCCAUAGCCUCUUCGUGUUCCAAUUACCAUUACAAAAGGCUUCUUCAAACUCUCAAGUUUAAUUUUAUACAUUCAGCUAUACAAAAUAUUCCAGUGAAAUUACUGUUAUGCAUACCUUACUACAGUUUGCAAGCAUUAUGCGAUAUAUUGAACUACUUGCAUUGUAUUCAUAUUUAUUUGUAUUUCUCAAAUCUUUCAUAUUCAUCAAACUUGAAGUACUAUUAAUCAUUUGUACUUGUGUGUCAUUUGUAUUUAUGACAGUUUUUGUACAUAUUUAUACAUAAGA